AUGUCUACGUCGGGUUCCCUCUCCAUGUCAGACAGUGACCCCGCUCCAGACGUCAUGAACGAUCCUUUGUAUGCGACCAAUACUACAAAUGGGGAGGAUGAAAAUGGCGACCCAGAUACUUGCAGGAUAUGUAGAGCGGAGGCAACGGAAAAGGAACCUCUAUUCUAUCCUUGCAAAUGUAGUGGGAGUAUCAAAUUCGUUCAUCAAGAUUGUUUGAUGGAAUGGCUAUCGCAUUCGCAGAAGAAACACUGUGAGCUGUGCAAAACACCUUUUCGAUUCACCAAGCUAUACUCUCCCAAUAUGCCACAGUCAUUACCUACUCGUGUUUUCCUGAGACAUUUUGCUCUUCAUAUCGUCAAGAAUACGGCUACAUAUUUGAGGUUUCUCCUGGUGAUUUUCGUUUGGCUCAUAGCCCUCCCGUUUUUUAUUCGACAAGUAUGGCGAUUUUUAUUUUGGUUUAGUGAUGGAGGCACACCAGCUCGGAGUUCUACAAACAACUUUAGACGGAAUGAAACCGCUUCACAAGCGCUGGAAAUUGCCCGCGAGCUUGUCAAUUAUGCUUGGGAUGGGACCACUCCCGUUACGCCACUCAAUGCUAGUCAAACUUCACCCGCUAGAAUUGGGGGUGUCAUGGAAAAGCUUAUGGGUAUUAUAAUGCCUAUUUCUCAAACACUCAAUAUCAGUAGUUCGGACCCUCUUACAGCUGGUUUCUUCAAGUCUCUUUAUUACGGCUUUGGUCUGACAAGUGCGGUACCCUUAGAUGCCUCGAUGAACAAUACGGGGAUUGUGUCGAUGACACUCCUAUCUAGCGCUCAGGGACACUCGCUCUUGAGCAAUGUCUCUUUCUUGGGAAAUAUGACUAGGGUCCCAUGGCUUAAUCAAGUCAUCGUUGACAUCGCUGAGGGUUAUAUCAUAACUUUAAUAAUUGUGGUUACUUUUAUCCUCGUAUUUUUGAUCCGAGAAUGGGUAGUCCAACAACAACCUGUAAUCAAUAUGGGUGCAGCAUUCAAUGCAAAUAUGGCUGCCGGGGGGGCGCCAAGAAUUCAAGAACAGCUUCCCCAGGAAGACUUAGCGAUCGACGUUCAUGACCUGCAAGCAGAGAUGGAGGAACGGAUCCGAAUGAGAGAGCGACUGGAUGACAUUUUCGCCCGUGCUCAAAGAGGUGGAAACAACACUGACGAACAUGGUGCUCGACUGGCUGUGCCGGCAGAGAGGCCCGAUACGAAUGGCUUUCCACCCUUUAACUUUAACUUUGAACCCACUCCGGCAGCUGAACUUGACGAAUUAGGAAUCAUCCCUUGGACGCUGAACCAGCAGCGGGAUCUUUCUGGCCCGCAGGUUCAGCUUACUGAUCAAUUCUCAGCCAUAUGGCGACGAGCCGGGGGUGACCCUAGAGAAGUGUUGAAAAUAAUCGACCAGGAAGGGCUAGCAGACCGAAUGCAAUACUGGGUUGAUGCCAUGAACGUACGGUUACAAGAUGGGAAUUUUCAAGCAAAUAUCCGUCUUGGGUCAGCUGCCGAAUUAGCCAGCAGCAGUAGAGUUCCAGUGCAAUCAGAUACACUUCAAACUACCGACAUGGGCAAUGCAGACGAUCCAAGAACGGUGAUAAAGGCGGACAAGGACAGUGUCAGCUCAGACAGUUGGGAGGAGGUACCAAGAUCUCUUCAGAUAGGAAAUAGGAACAUUCCGGCGUCAAAUGGAGAAUCUAGCGAGGACUCGAGACGGAUUUCAUCAAGCAGCGGCGAUAAGGAUGAAUUAUACAUGACAUCGGAGCAUUGGCGAAGGGAUAAAACCAGCGACUCGGAUAUUCCAGGCGAAACUGAAACCAAGUACCCGAUGAUAUCGGGCGGACGAACCCCUGCAGUCCCUAAUCGAGAGCCACAUCCCCUUCCACUUUCUCAAAAUAGACCCAGAGCUAUCUCAGAUGUACCUCACUGUCGAGACAAAUCACCGUUGGGUCGUAAUAAUUGGGCUUUCUCCAAUCUUCCCGAUGAAGAUUUCAGUGACCAAAACCUCAGUUGGCCCCAGGAGGAUAAAAAGCUUAACGACGGUGAUAUGGUUUCAAUGGCCCGAAAGGCAGUAGAAGAGUUGGACUUGCACCACGGAGUGACUUCGGAUUCUGGUGUUGGUCCUAGUAACACGCAAUCACCUUCAUACACUAGAGAUGUUCAGGAUUACGACCAGGAUUAUAAUGGGCCACUGGAGAUAGUCGGCGAAGAUGGUGUAAUUCGAACGGCCGAGACUUGGGAAGAUGUCUUCGAGAACAAUCCCAUCUCAGAUGACGAAGAAUACGAGGACGAUUCCGAGGGAUUGGAAGAAAUUCCAUUUACUCCGGAUGCUAUUCUACCGCCCCAGCGAGAAGGCCUUGCCCCACCUCAUCGACCAGCAGAACCUGAAGGUAUCGCUGGCAAUGUUGCGGAUUGGAUGUGGGGCAGACCUGACGGCGCUGCACGAGAAGACGAUCUCGGUGUGAAUGAUGAGCAUGUGAUCGAGGAUCUUGCUGCUGAGGCCCCAUUCGUUCCAGCUCGUCGCGAUGGCUUCAAUCACAGAGAUGAUGAAGAUGAAGACGAUCCCGAUGUACGUGAUGCUGUCAUUGCCGCAGGUUUAGAUCCCGAAGCAGACAUUGAAGAUGGUGAAGAUUUUGAUGGUAUCAUGGAACUCAUCGGUAUGCGAGGUCCAUUGUUUGGCCUCGUUCAGAACGCCAUCUUUAGUGCUUUUCUUCUAGGAAUCACCAUAGGGAUUGUCAUUUGGAUUCCGUAUAACAUUGGUCGCAUAUCUAUCCUCCUCUUGGCAAAUCCUGGUCCAGCAUUCAAGCUUCCUCUUCGAUUCAUCUUUGGGGCUGCAGCAUUUGUGCAAGACACUGCAUUGGUGGUCUUGGGACUUUUAUCGUAUUGUUUCAUUGCUAUCGCUCAGGUCCCGUUACGUUUACUUGCCCUUUCCAGCUCACGACUAGGACAUGAUGCUCUAAGGUUAUCUCAAGCUGCCUUUGAACGCGUCAUGAAUGGGACCUUUGAUAGUAUCAUCCAUAUCGCAGAUUCUGAAAUAUUUACGUUUUCAGCUGCCUCUCAUGAAGCUCUUAUGAUGAUCAAGUCUAAUUUCUUGGGUAUACUGACAUGUAUUGGAAACGGAUUUGUAUUUCUGUUAUCGGGAAGUUAUCAAGUGACUCUCGCACAUCUCGGAAACUUCACAACUUCACUCUUCAAUUCCGUUGCAUCCUUUCUAUUUGGAAUACCCACAUUUUUGGCACGACCCGAUUCCUGGGUCAUCAGUCUAGAAGUACCCGGGCGGUUAGCACCAUUGGAUCCUGCUUUAAGCGUUUGGGGUGGCCUAGACCGAAUGUGGGCUACCUUAGCAGGCUUCUCUACCCUUGCUGUAUUAGGUGCUCUCUACGUUAAGAAAGGUACACCAUUUUCGACAGAGCCAGGCAAUGUACAAGAUGUGGAAAACGGGGUGAUUGAUAUGCUCAACCAAGCAGGAGGAGUCAUGAAGGUUAUUUUCAUCAUCAGCAUCGAGAUGCUCGUCUUCCCAUUGUAUUGUGGCCUUCUCCUCGAUGCAGCUCUAUUGCCGUUGUUCGAAGGAGCUACUAUCAUAUCCCGUCUCAGCUUCACUGCCCGGGCGCCACUUACUUCCAUAUUUGUACAUUGGUUUGUUGGAACAUGUUAUAUGUUUCAUUUUGCCUUAUUUGUGUCGAUGUGUCGGAAGAUAAUGCGAAAGGGAGUUUUACACUUCAUUCGUGACCCCGAUGAUCCGACAUUUCAUCCGGUUCGUGAUGUAUUGGAACGAAAUGUGACAACACAACUUCGAAAGAUCUUGUUUAGCGCUUUAGUUUACGGUGCUCUAGUCGUUAUUUGUUUGGGCGGAGUAGUUUGGGGACUUGCAUUCGCAUUCAAGGGUGUUCUUCCGAUACAUUGGUCCUCGAAUGAACCGGUGCUGGAGUUCCCUGUUGAUCUUCUUUUUUAUAACUUCUUGAUGCCUCUGGCAGUCAGAUUCUUUAAGCCUUCUGAUGGCUUGCAUUCGAUGUAUAGCUGGUGGUUCCGUCGGUGUGCUCGAUGGUUAAGGUUAACCUGGUUCAUGUUUGAUGAAAGGAAACCGGACGAGGAGGGUCAAAUCGUUCGCCGAUCGUGGAAGGAGUAUUUCGUAGCCGCUAAGCCUCAACCACUGGAAGACAUCAGCGAUGAUGAUACUCAUCUCAUACACAAUGGACGAUAUGUAAGAGCUCCGGCAUCGGAUCAAGUCAAGCUUCCAAAAGGUACCAAGACGUUUCUCGAGGUAGAUCGAGACAACAACCGUCUGGAUGGUGUCGAGGACAGUUUUGAUGGUGUUCAUGGCCGGAAUCGAGAGAACUAUAAGUUGGUCUACGUACCACCUUGGUUCCGCUUAAGAAUCCUGACAUUCAUCCUUUCCAUAUGGCUUUUCGCUGCAGCAACAGGAGUUUCCUUCACCAUCGUCCCUCUGGUGUUCGGGAGAUACAUCUUCGCGAAGAUUAUCCCAGCAGAUGUUCGUAAGAAUGAUGUCUAUGCUUUCUCCAUUGGAAUCUACAUACUGGGUAGCGCACUUUAUGCUCUCAUAAAUCUUCGAACCGGUUUGGCGAAACUUCGCAAUGCGCUUUAUAUCAAUGGAGACACACCAGCCAUUGUAUUCACCCGCAUAGUGAAAAUUACUGCCCGUGUAGCGCGAAUUUUAUGGACUUACACAGCUUUCAUCCUCGUACUUCCUACCCUCUUUGCUUUGCUCAUGGAAUUCUAUUUGAUUAUUCCUAUGCAUACUUAUUUCUCUCAAGAAGAAAAACAUGUGGUUCACUUUGUGCAAAGUUGGACACUGGGGCUUUUGUAUGUUAAGUUGACUACUAGAAUCAUUCUAUGGCAUGAGGGCAGUCGACCAGCGGAAGCACUACGUGCCGUCACCCGGAAUGGUUACUGGGAUCCGGAUGCAAGGCUAGCUACGAGAUCUUUCAUUUUCCCAGCCAGCUUUGUACUUUUAAUAGCUCUCGGCGUUCCCUACGGACUUGCUCAACUGGCAACCAAAACAUUUUGGAGAGAUGGUACGCAGUUGGAAUUGAUACAGGUAAACCGAUACGCAUAUCCGAUGGUUCUGGCCAUGCUAGGAACGGCUUGGGCUCUUUGGAAAAUGGCGGACAUGGUGAGAGGAUGGAAACAGAAGAUUAAGGAUGAAGUUUAUUUGAUAGGGGAGAGGUUACAUAAUUUUGGGGAUCAUAAAAAAGUGGUUGGCACUGCCACUGGCUUGGGAGCUACGGGUGUUGGAGCCCGUCGAAGAUUUGCAAUAGUUCCAGCGUUAGGAUUACGAUAUGUCUAA